AUGUGUGACCAGCAGCAGAUUCAGUGUUACCAGCCGCACCCCCAGUACUGUGUGACAUGUUCCCCCUUCUGCAUCUCCCAGUCCCCUUGUGCCAACAGCCAGGUGGUGGUCCAAGCCCCCUGUGAGAUGCAAAUUGUGGAGUGCCCUGCACCAUGCCCAGUUCAAGUCUCCCAGGUAAAAUGCCAGGCUCCAUGUCAGUCUAAAACUACAGAGGUGAAGGGCCAAGCUUCAUGCCAGUCUAAGACCACCCAGGUGAAGGACGAAGCUCCAUGCCAGUCUAAGACCACCCAGGUGAAGGGUCAGGCUCCAAGCCAGCCUCAGAUUCCAUGUGAUCAAUGCCAGGCUCCAUUGCAGUCUGAGGUUUCCUAUGUACAGUGUGAAGGCCCAUGCCCCGUGCAGACCUGCUAUGUAGAAUGUGCUCCAGUUUGUUAUACAGAAACUUGUUAUGUGGAAUGCCCAGGCGAGAGCUAUGUACCCUGCCCGGCACCUCAGCCUGUCCAGACUUAUGUAACAGGUCCCCCGGUAUGCCAGCCUCAGGGAAGAUUCUCCACCCAGUGCCAAUAUCAGGGCUCCUACAGCAGCUGCGUCCCCCAGCGCCAGUCCCGGGCUUCAUUUAGCACCUGUGCGCCCCAGUGCCAGACCCAGGGCUCUUACGGGAGCUUUCCUGCAUCGAGUCGCUCUCGGAGCACCAGCAGGUGCCUCCCUCCUCGCCAGCUGCAGCCUUCUUACCGCAGCUGCUCCCCACCACGACGUUCUGAGCCCUACUACAGCAGUAGCUGCCUGCCGUCAAGAUGUUCUCCGAGCUCUUGUAACUAUUGUACCCCACCCCGCCGCUCUGAGCCCAUCUAUAACAGUGACUGUUCUCGGCGUCCCACUUUGGGCUGCUCUCAGAGAUGUGGACCCAAGUGCCGAAUAGAGAUUUCCUCCCCUCGCUGCCCCAAGCAGGUUCCCCCCCAGAAGUGUUCUGUUCAGAUUCCUCCCAUCAGACGCUGCCCUGAGAGUUGUGCCCCACGACCCUCCUGGGUUACCUCCUGCCCGGAUCUGAGACCACGUGCAGAGCCGUGUCCACUCCCAAGCUUCCGUCCUCCGCGGCGUUUGGACCAAAGUCCAGAGCCAUUACGGCGGCGAAGUCCACCUCCAUCUCCAUGCCCACGUCCACUUCCGGCUCCACGCCCACAUCCACUUCCGGCUCCACGUGCGUGUUCACGUCCAGAGCGGUGCGCAAGUCCAGAGUUCCGUCCCUGCUCUCCACCACGGCGAAUUUUGGAACCUUGUGUGUAUCCAGAACCACGCCGAGUGCCAUAUCCAGCCCCGCGUCAUCCUCGCCCAGUGCAGUGUGAUCUUCCAGCACCUCGUCCAUGUCCGCAGCCCUGUGAGCGCCAAGAAUCUUUUCCACGUCCGGAGCCAAUUCCACUUCCAUCGCCCUGCCCAAGCCCAGAGCCAUGUGUGGAGCUACGACGUUGUCCCAGCCUCUGCUCAGGUCCAAAUCCAAAUCCGUGCACAGGAGACCUAGGCUGUCGUGAGUCCAGUCCACACCGCCUGGACACUGAGGCCCCCAUCUGUGGCCCAGCUGGUUAUAACUGGUGGCAAGAGAGUGAGCCUAGAUAUAGGCCUUGUGAUGUAGGCCUUCCCGAGUCACAGGGUCUUGGUGGUUGUGGAGACCAAGGAGGCGUCAGUGUUGGAGUGAAAGGUGGAACCCACCACGGAACCCGUGGUGGAGCAAAGGGUGCCUACUUUUAA